GUGAUUGCAGCUAUAAUUAUUUUUAUGAUAUUAAUUCCAUUAUGAUCAGCAUAUUACAAUAUAAUGGCAGUGCAGUCGUUGCAAUGUGUGGUAAGAAAUGUGUAGCAAUUGGCACAGAUACAAGAUACGGUAUUCAAAGUCAAUUAGUUGCAACAAAUAAAGAAAAAGUUUAUAAAGUUGGACCACAUUUGUAUGUUGGAUUGCCUGGAUUAGUAACAGAUGCUCAGAGUGUGUUACAAACAUUAACGUUUCGUAAAAAUUUGUAUGAAUUAAAAGAAGGACGUAAAAUUAAACCCAGAGUAUUAUCUAGAAUGGUCUCAAAUAUGCUGUAUGAAAAACGGUUUGGACCAUAUUUUGUUGAACCAGUUGUUGCCGGCUUGGAUAAUAAUAUGGACCCAUAUAUAUGUAAUAUGGAUAUAAUUGGAUGUGUGAAUGAAACAAAUGAUUUUGUUGUGGGUGGCACAUGUUCCGGACAAUUAUAUGGAAUGUGUGAAUCAUUAUGGGAACCUGAUAAAGAACCUGAUGAUUUAUUUGAAACAAUUUCACAAGCUUUAACGAAUGCAGUGGAUCGUGAUGCAAUGUCAGGUUGGGGUGCUAUUAUUUAUCUUAUUGAAGAAAAUGGCAUUUCAGUUAAAUCAUUAAAAACCAGAAUGGACUGAACGAGCGAUAUUCACAAACAAUGAAAACAUACAAAAAUUUAUUUCAACCGC